AUGUUCGCAACCGCAGAUUGUUCUCUGCCUUGUCCGGCUCCGAAGAGGAAGUUUGGGAUUGCAAAGACGCUCACGACUUCUGUUUCUGUGUUGGGCUUUCUUUUGUGUCCCACAUACUUUGAUGGCUGGCAUGCCGACAGCACAACAUGCCCCCUAAUGCAUAACUGCACAAUUUGCUCACACAAUGCCCCUCAUAUGGGGACUAACAGAGCCGGUAUAGGCAUCUGUCCAGAAAGAACGUGGGGCAAGGCGGCGAUGGGGAACUAA